GCCAAAGAAGGCGGCGCGGGCGAAGGGAGACGCGCGCAUCCCUCCGCCCAGCGUUGGGGGCGCGCAGGAGGAGACGCGCAGGCGGCGGCGGCGGCGGGGAAGCUGGCGCGCCCGCGGAGACAGGCAGUUUUGCGCGCGGGUAAGGAAAGGGGGCGCUUGGAGAGGCUGCGGUUCCCACGCCGCCCAGGGGCUCGGGGGCUGUUGCAGGGGCCGAGGGAGAGGCGAGCACGAGGGGCUGCUCUUCCUCCUCCUCCCUCGCUCCCUCCGCUCCUGCGCAACCUCCGCCCCUACCCGGAUCCGCUUUGCGCAGAGCGCGUGGUUUUGUCCGCGCGCGCGGCGCCUGCGCUCCGCUGGCGAGUCGACUCUGGGGUCCCCGCGCGCCUCCUCGGAAGCAAGGCCCCUGGGCUGGAAAGGGCGGGUCGCACGCUCCCGCGUGAGUUUCCGCACCGGAUCCGCGGCCUUUUCGGGAAGAGCCGGGAGUUUGGAGGCGCGCGACGUGGUUUGAGCUCUCCUUUUUUUCGUUGUUGGAUUUCCCCAAAACCCCAAAGGUGGGCGGGAUCGCGGGUCUUGCAUGCAGCCCCCGGUGCAGGUUGCGGGGUUGGGGUUAGGAUCCGGAUGGGGCAGGCAAGAGUUGUAAACAACUCCACCACCACCCCUUCCGCGCGCGCGCGCCCUUCCGCAGGCACCGAGCUAAUCUGUGGCGGCGCCUAUUGUCCUUCGGUGGUCAUCUCUGCAGGCUGAAGGACCUUUUGAAAUGGACCAGGCCGCUGGAAGCCGGACGGAUUGCGCCCCCCCCCCCCUGCCCCGCAUCCUUCUCCGGCUUGGGUGGUUUUAAAUCCGAAUUAAAUGCGUGCUGAGCGGGCUCCGCGUGGCCGAGGAAGGAAGGGGGAGCCUUGCAAUGGAGAUCUUCUUAAUUUCUCCAUGUGCCAUUAUUGACGUUAGUUUCCCUUCUGUGCAGAAAGGGAUAGCCUAGGGCGCAACUCUGCACAAAGAAGCUUUUUUUCUGUUUAGUUACUGCAAACGGCUUCUGUUCGGUUGCGCUUAAGGACAGCGCGAUCCGAUCCUGGAGGUCCUUCCUGGCCCGCCCACCCCAAUAGGAUCCCGGGGCCAGUGCCACGCGGGGAAGGAAACGGUGGCGCGCCCGGGUGUGAAUCCGAAUUGGCACGUGUGUGUGCAGACAGCAAAAUGAAAUCUGGGUCCGGAGUGGACACGCCUCUCCAGCCGGGAGAUGUUUGUUUGCUUGUUAAUCCUUCGGGAAGCAGAAGGGAGGCCUCCCGAUCCAGGCAGCGUUUGGGCCUCCCGUUCCCCCUGAAUGAGGAGGCAAUGAGUUCCAAGUGGGUUUUUUUGGAGUGUAAAUACAAAACCCUGUUGCUGGUUGUGGUUUGACGCAGGAGCAGGCCUGGGGUGCUAUUUUCAGCUGAGAUUCAAUUGCAUGCCAGGACAUUCUGGUGGUGCAGUUAUUAGCUGGCUGGGAGCUCUUGCAACUGUUCCCCCAAAAGAUCGACCCUGAGAUGAAGAGCUUCCUCCUCUACUGAUUGAGCUACCCCAGGAGUCUAAAAUUUACUCCUAGAAUCAUAGGGUCAUGGAUUCAGGGCCCUUGUUGGGCAAAAGAUUCUUGCAUUGCAGCGGGUUGGGUUAGAUGACCCUCGGGGUCCCCUUCCAACAUGAUUUUGUGACAGGCAGUGGCUCUCCUGGGUUUCAGGCAGGGAAAUUUCCCCAGUCACUGAGCUAAGGCUUUUUACCUUUGAAGCAGCCAUUUAAUCUCUCCACAAACAAAUCUAAAUGGAUACUCAUCCAGUAGCCGGUGUUGUCUAACUUUUGCUCAGAAGCAAGUCCUGCUGAGCUGUCUGGGUCUUAACUUUCUAGCCAGUGUGUACCCUUUGCAGACUUCCUCUGUGUUUUUCCUGUAUCGGACAUCUGAUUGGAAAAUCUGUAUUGGCUUACCACAGGCAUUGAUAUGAAAUUUGCUCAGGCUUGCUUCUACUCUGGUGUCUGGUGAUUUAUUAUUUCUUGAAUUUCUACCCCACCUUUCCUCCUGAAGGAACUCGGGGUGGCAAGCAACAAGUGGCCAGAACAAUAAAAAAAUGUCUUUUAAAAAAACUCCAGUACAGCUGCAGACUGGAGGCCCAUUCAUACACGCAGAGGAACAGAGUGGUUGUUUUAAAAGCUUUUGUGGAAAUGCCUAAAAUGUAAGAAAAACAGCAUAGGGCUCUGAGUUCCUCAGAACUCUCCGUUCAUUUCCAAAGUCCAAUAGGUUAAAAGAGAAAGAGCAUUCCUCCUACCACUGGUUUUGUAUACGUUGCAGUCGCGGUGGCAAUGAGUGCCAGAUAUCAGUGGUGUGUUCUGCAUGGGAAAAUCUUCCCUUCCUGCUGUUUUCCCCUGGGAAUCUUUACUGCUGAAUCGGAGUAAACUUCAGUUGGGUUUUCUGCAGAUGGACACCUGCCCCGAUUCAAUGGUGAAGAGAGGGUUUUCCCGGGGCAGGCAAACUGAAAACUGCUUGGACCUCUGCUUUCAAAGCACGGAACCAGCAAAGUGCCCUUGGGACGAAACUGUAUGACUCCGGAGCGAGUCUCCAGCCCUCAUUCAGUUGGCGCAACCCGCAGGAUCCCGCCGGCUUUUUCUUGCGGGGUGGGAGAAGCCUCGGCCCGUAGCCUUGCCCCCACGGACCCCCCAGCCGCUCUGGCCCCUGCUUCCUCCCGCUCUCGCUGGCUCGCAGACUCCAAUGUUUUCCUCCGCAGCCGAGAGGGAGAAAUGGGGACCUCGCUUUGACUCUCCCCCUUCCACUUCCGCCACCGCCGCAGCCCAGGCCAGCGCGACAGGACGGAAGAGGAAAGCCAACUUCUCCAACGACGAGACGGAGACCCUGGUCUGGAAUGUAGUGCGACACUUCAGCGCCCUGUAUGGGUCAGAAUCGUUCCGGGCUCACCCCGUCCGCCGGAAGCAGCUCUGGACGCAGAUCCAGAGCCGCGUCAACUUCCUCGGGUACACGGAGCGCUCCAUCGACGAUCUCAAGCACAAAUGGCGGGACUUGAGGCUGGACGUCAAGAAGAAGAUCACGGCCAAGAGGCCGCCCCCAGUGCACCGGCCAGGGCCCCCCCACAAGCCCCGCCUCACGCCCCUGGAGAAGAUGGUGGCCUCCACAUUCCUGCAGCCCACGCAUGACUCGGAGCCCGAAAUCGUCUUGGACCCAGAGAUUUUCUUCCCUGGAGCGUUCAAGCAGUCCUUUGUAGCUCUGCAGCCGGGCCUCAACCACCCCAGUAUCUACAUCGACACCAACGGACACCCCUCCUCUCUCCCUGACGUGGAAGGCUCCCUGGUGCCUCGCGGGGGGGUCCAGAGCCCCGACCCCUCGUCCAUGCUUUGCGAAUACAGUAGAGGCGAAGGGCAGAGCAGCUCAGCUGAAUCGGGACCAGAGCUACGGACCCCGGAAAUGUCCGCCAUGUCCCCCCAGCUCCGAAACGAAUCCCUCGUCUCCUACGCUUCCGAGGAAGAGGAUCGGGACGGCCCGGAGGCAGAGGGCAGGAUGAGCCUUCAAGCGGCGCUGGAAGCUCGGCUCUCGGCCGAGGAAGAGGUGAAGUUGUCCGGCCGGCAGGCCGCGAUGCUUAUCCGCAGGUGCAACUCUCAGGGGUCGGCCGCCUCCCUGCCAGAGGACGCCCUCAGCCACACAGACGGCCACUCAGACUGGGACCACGAGGGGGGCCCUGACAUCCCCGCCCUGGGCCGCUCCCUCGACCCCUCUCAGCCGGAGGAAGAGGAGGUGGCCAGCCAGGCCGCCGAGAUGGGUUCCUUGCCCCGGGGGCUUCUGGGGCCUGCGUGGGAGAAGCAGGAGGAGGAGCAGCACUCCCGGUCUCCUCUCCACACCGGGGCCCUCACCGAGGAGUCCCUGCCGUCCUCCACCUCGCCUCACGCAGACCAGGCGCCUGCCCCACAGGCCUUGCCCAGGGGGGUGGGGGGCUCCCGCCGGCGGGAGGGCGGCCGGGAGACCUGGAGGACUAACAUCCGGCGGCUGAUGGACAUGGAGGACCAAUGGGACCAGCUGUACCAUCAGGAGCUUGCCAUGUGGCAAGAGGAGAGGGCCCAGCAGCGAGACGAGAGGGCCCGCGACAGGGAGCUCCAGUUCCGGCUUCUGGGGGUCCUCACCGACAUCCGGGACGAACUGCGGCACUUGCGGCAAGAGAGGGCCGUGGCGCAGCAGGACAGGGCUGUGGCCCGGCAGGAGAGGGCGUCGCAAACGGUCGCGCCGGCGGCCCACGCCUCCUCUCCUCCAAAACAUGAGGCAGCCCCUCCAGAGACACCCGAGUGCAGCCCUCUCUUCUUCCCUCUUAAAGCUGAGGGGGGCCUUUCCGGACCGCACCUAGGGAGAGGCAGCCGGGGAGAGGCGGCCAGGGCGAUGCGGAGCCCCCACGGUGUCUCCCGCCGGGGUAGGGGCCGUCCGCGUGGCUCCACAUCCAAGCACAGAAGGAUGUUUGUGUCCAGCAGCUAGGGACGAGCGGGUAGUUCCUAAAUCGAAAUCAAAUAGACCUUUGUUUGUAUGUGUACAGAGCUCUGGAAUUUCCUCCAGGUGGGCAGACGGGGAGGGGCAGAGAGAGCAAGAGUGUUUGUUUGUGUGUGUGCCUGAUGACAAUGUGGGGGAAUAUAGAUAAGGUUUUGUUGCACACCGCUUGGCCUUUGUACGUGGACCUGAAAAGGAAUCGCGAAUGAUCGUGCACGACCGCUCGGCCCUUGAUGAAUGAAUGCGUGCAUGCGGGGUUUUUUCGAGUGCGGGAAAGUGGCAAGGGGCUAUGGCAUCCCACACGGAAGAGUCGUCGCCUGAGGUGUCCCCUCCCAUCUACAAAUACCGAAACAUGGGUGGCGGGGAGAGGGCUGCUCCUUGUCGAUACACCGCAAGAAACUCCGAGCCCACCAGCGAGUGCCGCUCUGCAGUGGAAGAGGGUGCCGGCCGGACAGGGCAUUUGAUGGGCAACUGACUCUUGAUUUUAAUACCAGGGCAACCGUAAGAAAGGGCAGAGAAGGGUGUUAGCUGGGAAGGACACACUAAGUGUGUGCGUGUGAUGGAGUGUGUGUGUGUGUGUGGACAAGUGCGGAACAUGUUUUGUACGAGUAGGAUUGUGGGUCAGACCCUUAGUCGCUGUUGUCCAAGCAUUUUCUGCAACUCAUUUAAUGGACUGAUUUGCCUAUGUAUCUAUAAACUCUUUUUGGAAAGAAAAAGCAAACAACCAGCCGGCCACUUUGUCUGUGUAUUUUAGUUACUGGGGAGGGAAAGACUUGCAGCGGACCCUUUAAAAAAAAAUUAUGCUAGAGGUCACUUUUGACAAUAAUUUCCCCAAACCGAUCGUUUCUGAUUCGGGACAAAGAGUUUACUUUGGGAGGAGGAGAGAGCCAUAGAACAUUAUUUUAAAAAUCCCUUCAGUAGCACCUUAAAGACCAACUAAGUUUUUAUUUUGGUAUGAGCUUUCGUGUGCAUGCACACUUCAUCAGAUACACUGAAACAGAAG